AUGGAUAAAGAAUCAGAGACCACAAUCCAAAUCCCUCCUCUCAAACCUCAAGUCGACUAUGUCGACUUUGACGGUCCCGAUGAUCCAUUACAUCCUUGGAAUUGGCCAGUAGGCAAAAGACGCUUCAUAUCUAUCCUCCUCGCCCUCUCAACAAUGGUCGUCGCAGGCGCAAGCGCCAUCUUCUCCUCCGCCAUCCCCUCCAUCAUGGUCAUCCACGGUGUAGGCCGCGAAGUCGGCACUCUAGGCGUAUCGCUGUACGUUCUCGGGUUCGCCUUGGGCCCCAUGAUCUGGGCUUCUUUCAGUGAACUCAAAGGUCGCUAUUUACCAUACAACAUCUCCGUGUUCGGGUUCUCCAUAUUCUGUUUUGCAACUGCUAGGUCAACGCAUGAUCUCGCAUCGAUUCUUAUCUGUCGUUUCUUUUCGGGACUGUUUGGUGCUGGACCAUUGACUCUUGCUGGAGCGGUGUUUUCGGAUAUGUAUACGCCGCAAGACCGGAAUACGAUGAUGGUGCUGUUUUCGUUGACGGUGUUUAUUGGACCUAUGCUCUCGCAGCCUAUUGGCGGGUUCAUUGUCUCUAAUCCUUCUCUCGGAUGGGAAUGGACUCAAUAUCUGCCCGGAAUUUUAGGUAGUGCCUCUCUUGUCGCUUUGGUCAUCUUUCAAGAGGAGACAUACUGGCCGAUCCUCCUCGCUCGAAAGGCGGAUCGCCUGCGCCGAGAGACGGGUGAUUGGUCUAUUAUCGCGGCACAUGAUACUAUCCUCCUCGACCCCAAGACUAUCAUUAACGAGUACCUACUCCUGCCACUGCGCAUGCUCGCCUCAGAUCCCAUCAUGCUGUUCAUGUGCACCUUCGGCUCUUUCGUGUAUGGUCUCCUCUACCUGUUUUUGACAGCCUACCCCACCGUCUUCCAAUUAGUCCACGGCAUGAAACCCGGCGUCGCCGGACUCCCCUUCCUCGGCAUUGUCGUCGGUCAAUUAUUCUUCGUCGUGGUCAUGGCCCUCUUUCAAAAGCUAUGGCUUGCCCCACGCAUGAAGGCCAACCAAGGCCAGAUGGAGCCCGAAUGGGUUCUACCCAUCGCUAUCCCGGGAGCAGCCUCGUUCUCGGUGGCGUUGUUUUGGUUUGGUUGGUCGGGUUAUAAGCGUAACAUUCAUUGGGUGGUGCCUACUGCUUCGGGAAUUUUCUCGGGUUUUGGGUUACUGGCGAUGUUUUUGCCGUCGAUUUCUUAUGUGGUUCUUGCUAGGCCGCAAAGAGCUGCUUCGGCCGUGGCCGCACAUACAUUUCUGCGAUCCCUGUUUGGGGCGGGAUUCCCUCUUUUUGCGCCUCAUAUGUACCAAAAUCUAGGCAUCGAAUGGGCAAGCACUCUCCUCGGCUGUCUGGCCGCGCUGAUGAUUCCCAUCCCUCUGCUGUUAUACAUUUACGGCGCGAAGAUUAGGCAGAGAGUGAAGAUUGACUAUUAA